AUGCUGCUGUUUCCGACGUUUGACUUUGUGUGGAACAUCACCGGCAUCGUCCUGGCCGCGACCUCCAAGACGUGUCAGAGCAUCAUGCCGGACGUCUACCACUCCAUUUUGGCCUUCGCCAGCUGCGGGCUCUUCAUCGCGGUCUGGUUCCUCAUCAACGCCGUAGGGCUACAGGUCAUCUUGGCCUACAUGAUGAGGCAUGGCAUGCUCCACUCAGCGGAGAACGCGGCUCCAAAGGGCACCGUUGAAAAGCAGGAGGUGGUGAUCUUCGGGCAGCACGACUUCGGCGACAACCCCUCCUGCUCGAUUUGCCUCGAAGAGUGGAGCUCGCAGAAGGAGAUCCGGAAGACCUUGUGCGGGCACUGCUACCACACAACCUGCUUGAAGGGCUGGCUCAACGUGAACCGCACGUGCCCGCUCUGCCGGACCGAUCUGGUGCCCGGACAGCCCAUCGGUGCUGGAGAACCCUGA